GGGAAUACGGCGUGGCGUCAGUAUUCAGUACUCAGUCGUGAGAGUUGCUUUGCUUCGGACGUGUGCUGCUCACUGAAGCGUAGUGGUAUUCAUACUUCGCUCAUGUUAACUUCCAUCAAGCGUGAAUUUCAGAGUUUAAAAUUGAUGUCUCCGUGUAAUUCACGAGGUUAUUAUGUUGCUCUAAGUGUCAACUUUACGCCAUUGAAUUAACAUUAGUUCAUAACAUGUAAGGUGAUCAGCUCUCCGGACUGCGAUGUUGCUGUGGAUAGCGCUGCUAUUGGCCGCGUUGUCGCAGCCUGCCGACGGCGGCGCCAGAUCGGGGCCGGCUUUCGACGGCACGCAGCAGACGACGGUUAUCGCGCGCGCCGGUGGUAGCGUGGAACUACACUGUCGCGUACUGCGGCUCGCUGAUCGCGCUGUUUCGUGGGUUCGCUCGAGUGAUCUACAGAUCCUUACGCACGCCGGAGCCGUUUUUACGGCCGAUACUCGCGUCUCCUGCGCUGCAGCCUCUCAAGAAGACCCACGCGGCACCGUCCACUCGCUACGGAUAGAGGCGCUCCGAGCCAGCGAUUCUGGCCGUUACGAGUGUCAAAUUAACACUGAGCCUAAAAUGAGUCUCUUCUUCAACCUUACUGUAAUCGAGUGGGACCUGCCAGUGGUGGCCGUGUCGGUGCUGAGCGGCUCAGUGCGGCGGGCGGAGUUGGGCGGCACGGCGAUACUAUCGUGUGAGGCACGCUACGAGCCUUCCGCCGCACUGGCCGCGUUGCCUGCCGCCGCUCUCGCUGCCCUACCGCCGCUAACGUUGCAUUGGGAGCAUAACGGCGAAGCUCUCAAUCCACAGAGUGCGCGAGGCGGCAUCUCACUAGAGACAGAACGAUGGGAGACACGCCUAGAGUCACGGCUGACUCUGGCGGCGUUAGUGGCGAAGGAUGCGGGUCGCUACGAGUGCGCUGCACCCGCCGACGGCGCGACAAUCUUGCUACGGCUCUAUCGUCGGGAGGGGGACGAUCGAGACGAUGAUAUUAUAGACGGUGAGAUGGAGAUGCAGCGAGAUGAACCCGAGCCACGCCUCAGUUCCGCUCCGUCGCUCACCGCGUUUCUGAAACUCCUCACAAUAGGCACAUUUAUUGCCUUCGGUUCAUGACGAAUAUUUGUGAUAAUGUUGUUUGUAAAUAUUGUACAUAUCUACGAUGGAAAUAAUACAUGUAUGAAUGAAA